AUGAGCUCUUCUGAGGAAGAGAACUUCAGUAUGAACAUUUCUGGGUCCGAUUCCGAGGACUAUGAACCUGAAAAGAAGAAGGCACCAGCCAAAUCGAAGACUGCACCUAAAGCUUCUGCGAAGCCAAUGCUAACAGGGACAAAGGCAAAGCCCAAGACUGUGUCGAAGAAGAAAGUCCUAGUCGAUCACGACGAUAAUGUAGAAGAAUAUGCCAUGGAUUUGAACAAUGACGCGUCCGAGGACGAGGAUUUGAAAGCCUCAACGAGCAAGCUAGUUCCAGCAAAGAAGAAGAAGACUGCCACUGAGACUUACACAAAGCUCUCUCAACUGGAGCAUAUUUUGAAGCGUCCAGAUUCUUAUAUUGGCAGUGUCGAAACUAUUACUCAGCACAUGUGGACGUAUGAUGCAACAACUAAACGUAUGAUCAACCGAGAUGUCAGAUAUGUACCUGGUUUUUUCAAAAUCGUGGAUGAGAUUCUUGUCAAUGCCGCCGAUAACAAGAUAAAUGACCCAAAUAUGGACACCUUGAAGGUCAAUAUUGAUGUCGAAGAAAGCACCAUUUCUGUCUAUAACAAUGGCCGAGGCAUACCCAUCGAAAUUCACGAGACUGAAAAAAUAUACGUUCCAGAACUCAUAUUUGGACACCUGCUUUCCUCCUCUAAUUACGAUGACGACGAGAAAAAGCUCACGGGAGGUCGCAAUGGUUAUGGUGCAAAGUUGGCCAACAUCUAUUCGCAUGAAUUUACCGUCGAAACGGCCGACAAAAAUUCAAUGCAAAAAUAUAAGCAAACGUGGACUGACAACAUGGGUAAAUGCGGCAAGCCGAAGAUUACGAAAAAUUCCAAAGGCGAAGAGUACACUCGUAUCACUUUCAAGCCGGAUUUGAAACGAUUUGGAAUGGAAAAGAUUGACGAAGACACUGCCAGCCUUCUGCGAAAACGUGUUUAUGACAUGGCUGGAGUUGUUAAGGACAUCAAAGUGUUCUUGGACGAUGAACGCCUGAAAAUCAAGAAUUUCCGCCAAUAUGUUGAUCUUUAUGUCAAUUCAGUUCAAGCCGAGGCCUCCGAAAAUUCUGGAGGUGCUGUUCAACCCAAACAAAGUGUUAUUUACGAACAAGCGGGCUCUCGAUGGGAAGUUGCUUUUACUGUAUCAGACGGCACAUUCCAACAUGUCUCAUUCGCCAAUGCGAUUUCGACAAGCAAAGGAGGAACGCAUGUUACUUAUAUCACUGACCAGAUUACGAAAAGUCUUAUAGCAGCUAUCUCGAAAAAGAACAAAGCCGCUACGGUGAAGCCUGCCCAAAUCAAGAACCAUAUGUGGAUCUUCGUGAAUGCAUUGAUUGUCAAUCCAACCUUUGACAGUCAGACUAAAGAGACAUUGACAUUGCCGGCCUCGAAAUUCGGUAGCAAACCUACGCUGACAGAAGACUUCAUCAAGAAAGUCAUCAAGUCGCCCAUCGUCGACAACGUUUUGAAUUGGGCUAAGUAUAAGGCCGAUCAGCAAAUCAAGAAGACGGAUGGAACCAAACGGGAAAGAUUGCUAGGCCUUGCCAAACUUGCUGAUGCAAACAACGCGGGUACCAAGUACGGGAAAGAUUGUACGCUGAUUCUGACGGAAGGAGAUUCCGCCAAGGCUCUCGCUGUUGCUGGCCUUGGAGUUGUUGGCAGAGACAACUUUGGGGUUUUUCCACUUCGCGGAAAGCUUCUAAAUGUUCGCGAGGCUAGACACGACCAGAUCAUGAAGAAUGAGGAGAUCCAGAAUAUCAAGAAGAUAAUGGGCCUUCAACACAACAAAGACUAUACGAGCACAUCCAGCCUCCGAUAUGGAAGGCUUAUGAUCAUGACAGAUCAGGAUCACGAUGGUUCCCAUAUUAAGGGACUUUUGAUCAACUUCUUUGACCACUUUUAUCCAUCUCUCUUAAAACUACCCGAAUUCCUUGUAGAAUUCGUUACACCAAUUGUACGAGUUACCAACGGAAAGAAACACAUCGACUUUUUUACAAUCCCCGAGUUCGAGAAGUGGCAGGAAUCGACACCAGAUUCAAGGAAAUGGGUUUCCAAGUACUACAAGGGUUUAGGCACGAGCACCGAUGCGGACGCUCGCGAGUAUUUUAGCCACAUGGAGAAACAUAUGAUUCCUUUCGCUCCUACGCAAGACGGAGACAAGGAACUCAUCGACCUCGCUUUCAGCAAGAAGAAGGCAGACGAAAGGAAGGAAUGGCUGCGCCAGUUCAAACCAGGGACAUAUCUCGACCAUCAGAUGGAUGAAAUCCCAUUUUCCGAUUUCAUCAACAAAGAGUUAAUCUUGUUUUCCAUGGCUGAUAAUGUUCGUUCGAUCCCUUCAGUUGCUGACGGUCUCAAGCCUGGUCAGAGGAAGGUCAUCUGGGGUUGUUUCAAGCGUAAGCUAAAGUCUGAAAUCAAGGUUGCGCAACUCGUGGGUUACAUUUCUGAGCAUGCCGCUUAUCAUCACGGCGAAGCUAGUUUAGCGGCAACAAUCGUCAACUUGGCGCAGGACUACGUCGGCAGCAACAAUUUGAACCUGCUCUAUCCUUCGGGCCAGUACGGCACGCGUGAUAUGGGUGGCAAGGACCACGCCGCGCCGCGUUACAUCUUUACCAAACCUACGUCGCUUGCUCGCGUCAUCAUGAACCCAUCUGAUGACAACCUGCUCAACCAGCAGAAGGACGACAAUUCACCUAUUGAGCCAGAAUUUUACAUGCCUAUUGUGCCGAUGGUGCUCAUCAACGGCGCAGAAGGUAUCGGUACAGGUUGGAGUACAAACAUCCCUUGUUAUAAUCCCACGGAUAUUGUAGACAAUAUACGUAGGCUGAUGAAGGGCGAAGAACUAGUACCCAUGACUCCGUGGUGGCGUGGUUUCAAGGGCGAGGUUAAGCUCGUGGCAAAGCACAAGUACGACGUACUUGGUGUCGUCAAGAAGUUGAACGAUACCACUGUGGAAAUUACGGAGCUUCCUAUUCACAAAUGGACACAGACCUACAAGGCGGAGCUCGAGGCUAUGAUCGCCGGCGACAAGGAGAAGGACAAGGAAGGUACUGUCAAAGACUACAAAGAACACCACGACAAUCUGAAUAUCCACUUCAUCGUUACGAUGUCUGCCAAAGACCUGGAAAAGGCGGAGGCAGUCGGACUGCAUGAAUUCUUUAAGUUGACGUCCAAGAUUAACACGAGCAAUAUGAUUUGCUUUGAUUUCGAGGGCAAAAUUAAGAGGUAUGAUUCGCCCGAGGAGAUCUUGGAGGACUUCUAUCCUGUCCGUCUGUCAUACUACCAGAAACGCAAGGACUUUAUGGCCAAUGAACUUCAGACCAUGUUUGAGAAACUGACGAACCAGGCGCGGUUUGUGCAAAUGAUUGUCGACAGGCAACUCAUUGUGGCGAACCGAAAAAAGAAAGACAUUGUCCAGGACCUACGCAAACACAAGUUCCGACCGUUUCCCAAAGUCGUUAAGCCUACAGCCGUUGAUGAGCCUCAGGAAGAAAAUGAGGAUGAAGGAGAGGAAGAAGAGGUGGAUGAGAACGGUGCAGACUCAGACUUUGAUUACUUGCUUGGGAUGGCGAUCUGGAGUCUGACUCGCGAGAAGAUCGAGAAACUCAAGCAGCAAGCCGCGGAUAAAGAGGCUGAGCUGCUUGUUCUCCUGGAAAAGUCUCCAAAGGAUUUGUGGAAUGCGGAUCUUGACGUCUUCUUGAAAGAGUGGGAGCUGAGCUGCCUCGAGUUCGAGGAAAAGAAGACCAAGGACGCUAAAGGGAAGAAAGUCAAGCGCAAGCAAACCGUCUUGCGCACACGAAAAUCCAUUGGCACAGGUCAUAUGUCUGAUAACUCUGAAGAUGAAUUCAGGCCUACCAAGGCGGCAGCUGCGAAGCGAAAGCCGGUUGAAACCAAGAAACCUGCAGUGCUAAAGGAGGAUGGUCCACCAAAACGUAAAGUUUCUGGGCCUAAAAAAAUCGUCGAGUUGAGCGAUGAUGACGACGACGAGUAUGAUUUUGCGCCUCCUCCCGAACCUAGGGUGCGGGUAGCGGCCGCAGCAGCGAAGAAGGCAGCGCCAGCAAAUGAGGAGAAAGAAGUUGUUCCUCCACCCAAGCCCAAGGCAGCAGCAGCCAAGAAAGUGACGACGUCCAAGAAGAUUGACAGCGACGAAGACGACGAGGAUGCAUUUGUGCCUCGGGUGAAAAGCCGGGCACCGGUUAAAAAAGCGGCCAAACAGGCAGAGAGUGAUGAUGAGGAUGUGUCGGCUCCAGUGGUGAAAGCUCGGGCAGGUACCAGCAAGAAAGCAGACGCGCCGAAAAAGACAAGCGAAGAGCAAUCUGACUCGGACGUUGUGAUGGUUGAAGCCAAGGAACCUGCGCGAGGGAAACGCAAGGCGGCAUCGAAGGCUCUCGUGAUCAAGGAUUCUGAGAGCGAGAGCGAGGCAGACUACAAACCGCCGUCCAAGGGUAAGGGCCCGGCGAGGCCGAAGCGGAAGAGCAUGGGAUCUACUGGAGAGGAGAGUGAAGACGAGCUGGCGAAAGCGAAGCCAGCGAAAAAGACGAAGACGACGACAGUGGAGACGAAAGCCACUGGAGCGGGGAAAUUGGCGAAAAAGAUGAAGCCAGCAUCGCCGGCGAAGACGAAGAAGGCGGUGGUGAUAGGAAGCGAGUCUGAAGAUGGUGAGUACGGAGGGACGACGACGGGAGGAGUUGUGGCGGGGCGGGUGGGGCGGGGGAAGACAGUGGGGAAAUAUGUGGAGAUCGGGUCGAGUGACUCGGAGGGCGAUGGAUCAAUGUUUUCAGAAUAG